AUGCUGCUAUCCUUUUUCCUUAUUUGGUUUGUCGUGAGCUUCCUGCUUUACCAGGUUGGCCUUGUGGUAUACCGUCUGCUUUUCCACCCCUUGGCGAGAUUCCCCGGUCCCAAGCUAGCUGCAACAACCUCUUGGUGGGAAUGUAUCCAAGACCUAUUUUCUGGGCAAGGGGGAGAAUAUAUGAAUCAAGUGGAGGUCAUGCAUGACCGAUAUGGCCCAGUGGUUCGAGUGACACCAGACGAAAUUCAUGUUCGGGAUCCUGAAUGGGCAAAAGUUCUAUAUGCUGGCCUAGGACACAUCCGCGACAAAGAUCCAUCCCUCGCACAUGCUGCCGGAACAGCGGAUGGAACAUUUGAAACAGUCGCACAUGAAAUACAUCGUCGCCGCCGCGGACCUGUCAGCGCAUACUUCUCCAAGUCUUCAGUUGCUAAAUACCUAUUCGAAAAGAUAUGGGAGAAGUCCGAGCACAUGUGCGAGGUUUCGAUGGAGCAUCAUCAUCGAGGUAGUAUCGUGAGUGGCCGUGCCACCUUUCUUGGCUGGUCCAACGAUAGUCUCCAAAUGUGUUCUUUUGGUGAAAGCCUUGAUCUUUUGGAUGAUACUGCGGGAGCCAUGGCCUUCGACGAGGUUUUCAAGGCAUUUGCGGCAGUCUAUCCGGUAUUAAAGCAAUGCGAGUGGUUGAUUCCUCUGGCUUUAGAGCUUCCUGUUACUCCGUUCAGGUAUCUCUACAAGCCUCUUGCCACUCUCCUCACUAUCCAUGUUAAUAUGAUCAGCCUGGCUGAUAGGCAUCGAAAAGAAUUCCUGGCUAAGAAUUAUUCUGAAAAACACGCCAUGUCUGAAAAGGAAGCAAGAGGAUCUCGACAGCACACUCUUUUUCAUACCCUGACAGCUAGCGGGCUACCAGACGAUGAAAAGCGACCCAAGAGGAUGGCCCACGAGGGGUUUGAGAUUCCGUUGGCUGGAAGUGAUACCACUGCGCGGACAAUGGGAAUUGCAGUAUAUCAUGUUAUGGCAAACCCUAAUAUUGCACGAAGGUUACAUGACGAGCUCAAAACAGUCAUGCCAUGUCCGCAAGAUAAAGUGGAACUCAAAGUCCUUGAACAAUUGCCAUGGCUGAGUCCCCCGUCGCGGGUCCUGGACGUAGGAUGUGGAACCGGUAUCUGGGCUCGUCAAUUUUCUGCAAAGCAUCCCUCCUCGGAUGUGCUGGGAAUCGAUCUCCAUCCGCCCCGCGAAGAUGAUCCCAGUCUCCAUGGGGCGGCAAGAAGCUGCUCGUUCGCCAAGGUUGACCUUGAACAAGACUGGAAGUUUCUAUCUCAAUUCGACUUUAUUUAUAUGCGAAUGCUUAUGCCGGCUGUGAGAGACUGGCCGCUUCUCUUUCAACGAGCCUUUGCUAACCUUGUUCCUGGUGGUAUGGUGGAGGUGUUUGAAGGCCUGAUGCAAAUGAAGGCCGAGGAUGGUAGCACCGCCGCGACCUCGGCAGCAAUCCGCUGGUUCGAUCUCUCACAAGAGUACCUUGGAAAACACGGCAUUGCGUGGGAUCUUGCGCAUCGCAUUCCGCAGCAGCUCAUCGACGCUGGGUUUGAGGUUGUCGAGGAUUUGGCGAUCAAGAUGCGUCUGUAUCCAGACGAGGGCGAUCCAGAGGCCGAUCGUGUUUGGGUCGCUGCGCAAUACCGGAAGGAUAUGGCUGACAUGGUUCAUGGCAUGACUGGACGCAUGCGCGAGGGUCUCCCCGAUCGACUGUCUCCAGAACAAUGGGAUGCACUCGAGCAGAACGCCCGGCGGGAACUCCUAGAGGAGGCGGAGAUGCGUGGCUUCCAUACAUCUUUAGCCAACGACGCAACUGCGACGUUUUUAGUGAUAGGGUCGCAAGUCACCGGACACGAAUCGGUUCUAAUCGAGCUGAUUCAUGCUCGCAAUUAUUUGGCGAACCAUGCAAUGCACGAUGAGCCGUCGUGCGACUUGAGUGACGCCAUACUUCAAGAUCAGAUCCAAACAGUGGAAAGCAUGAUUCGAAAUGCGUAUCGUGCCGCAGACGAGGACGGCCCCAGUAACUGGUUUUUCCGUCCAGGCUCUGGGUUCUUCAGCUCCCGCAUGCAAAGUCUGGUGUCUAAGAUGGGGUACCGACUCGAGCUGGGGAAUGUCUAUCCUCAUGAUCCUCAAGUUCCUUAUGCGCAGCUGAAUGCAAACCGUAUUCUAAGUCUUGUCAAGCCAGGUGGGAUCAUUCUAUGCAAUGAUCGCAGAUAG